CCCGUAUAAAACGACCACCAUCUACCAAACCACCCAAACUGUUCUUCCUUGUCCGAACUUGCUCUCUUCGUCUGACUCAUCAGACCCGUCCUAUUCCUCGACUCGAUCGCACGAUGUCUUCCCCCGCUGUCACCGCUGCCAAAGCUGUCCGUUCCAGCAUCGACCUCAAUGGCUAUGAUCCCGUACAAGUAAAGCUAAUGAAGGAGAGAUGUAUCCUAGUGGAUGAACAGGACAACGCUCUCGGUGCAGCAGAUAAGAAAACCUGCCACCUAAUGGAAAACAUCAACAAAGGUCUUCUCCAUCGGGCCUUCUCUGCCUUUGUUUUCCGACCCUCAGAUGGCAAACUGCUCCUCCAAAAACGUGCCUCUGAAAAGAUUACUUUCCCGGAUAUGUGGACAAACACUUGCUGCUCACAUCCGCUGGACGAUUUUGAGCAAGAAAAGGUCGAGGAAGAUCAGCUUGGUGUUCGAGUAGCUGCUUCUAGGAAACUAGAGCAUGAGCUUGGCAUCCCUCGAACACAAACGCCAGUCGAGGAAUUCCAGUACCUCACUCGCAUCCAUUAUCUCGCACCCUCUGAUGGUUUGUGGGGUGAACAUGAAGUCGACUACAUCCUGUUCCUCACUCGCGAUGUUUCGGUCACUCCCAAUUUAAACGAAAUAAGUGACCACAAGUACGUCGACAAAGCGGAGCUACAGGCCAUGUUCGAUGACUCCAACAAUAAAUUUACCCCCUGGUUUAAGCUCAUCGCUCGCGACUUCUUAUUCGGCUGGUGGGAUGAACUGUGCAAUCGGAAAAUCGACGGCAAAGUUGUCGCCAAAAGGCUUGCGGGGGUCGUAGAUGGAACCAAAGUCGUUAAGAUGGUUUAA